GUAGGCAAGAUGGCGCACCACCAUCACGCCGGACAUGGACAUGCACCUAUAAAUCUCAAUAUUUCAGACGAAGAACUUGCCAAAUUACCAGAAAAAGAAAGAUGGAGGAUCGAGCAUCAGAGGUUACAUGAGAAACACCGAGGUCACGAGGCCAUGCAUCUGGAGAUGGUGCUGAUUUUGAUUGCCACACUGGUGGUAGCACAGAUUGUUCUGGUCCAAUGGAAACAGAGGCAUUUCAAAUCAUACCAAAGAGCCACCUUGUUAGGGAUGUGGUUAUUUCCAGUGGGCUUCUGUCUCAAGUUUGGAUGGCAUCGUUUUAUUUUUGUGUGGAGUAUAUUUUCAAUCAUCACAGGGUUUAUUACAUUUAAAGCCACCAGAAAACCUAUCUCAGGGAGUACACCAAGGUUGGUGUACAAGUGGUUCCUGAUAAUAUACAAAGUCAGCUAUUUCUUAGGAAUCGUGGGCUAUAUGUCAGUGAUGUUCACAUUAUUAGGACUAAAUCUUAUUUUAUUAAUCAAACCACAAGUCUCUAUGGACUUUGGACUUUUACUUCUUUUCUAUGGACUCUACUUUGGAGUAGUAGCCAGAGAUUUUGCUGAAGUGUGUUCAGACACCAUGGCAACACACAUUGGGUAUUAUACACCUACAGGGCUUCCUGGGAAGAGACUGGACCCCAAUGUGUGUGGAAUCUGUGGGAAUCCUAUUUUAGUCAUGAACAAUGAUGAUGCAAUAAUUGAAGCUACCUGUAAAUUAGGCUGUGAUCAUAUAUUCCACGAGUUCUGUAUACGAGGCUGGUGUAUAGUGGGGAAGAAGCAGACUUGUCCGUACUGUAAAGAGAAAGUGGAUCUCAAAAGAAUGUUUCCUAGUCC